AUGAAUUGUGGUAACGUCAGAGGUGUCCGGCACAUCUGCCCGCAUGUAUAUAUGUUUAUCUGUUUAUCUAUUCACCGUUUUCUCUUGCUUUGGUCGAUUGCUGUGUGCCGUGAAAGCACGCGACUCUUCUCCUUUAUUAAAUUAUGUCUUCUCGCUACUUGUUUUAGCUGGUGUCCGCCCGCGAUGCCUUCACGUGGAAUUGAGGAACAGACAACAACCUCAUUAGGUGUUCUCUUGUUUGCUCAUUCGGUCCUACAUUACCUAUAUAUACAGAUUUAUAUAUCCUAUUUGCAUACGCCGUCUCGCUGCUCGUCUGCUGCCUGUUAUCGCAGUCAUGACUGUGAGCAAAAUGAUUUCGUCUUCCAUGUAAAACACGCAGAAAGGAGAAAUAAGAAAAGAAAUAGCUCGUCACAGUAA